AAGACCAUUUUGCUCAAAAUUUCAUUCUUUACUGGGGGGACAAAUAACCUCUGCUUAGCUCCCCAACUUGUCGACUUGAACUGCUCUUGAUUCCCAGCUUUGAGUUCUAUUUCUUGGUCUUUUGUUCAAGUGUUGCCAAAGUUAACUAAUUGAACCACUGGUACACUGUGUGCUGUCGCUUUUCACUCUUUUCUGUCACACCCACAAGCACACACUAAACACGAACAACAAGCACAAUGAGCUUCUCGGUUAAAGUCGAGUCCGAUACCGACGAUCACUUGGAUUCCAAACCAAUCGGCCUUAUCCAAAACAAUGACGAUCUGUUGGCUGCUCUACACCCGGUGCCUAACUUCCAGAAUAGAGAUGACAUCAAGCCAUGGCUCCACGAGAAACUGGACUCUAGAGGUGUAUGUCUAGUGAUUGAGAGAUCAGACGCUUCCAAAGUCGUCUUCAAGUGUAAGAGCAUCCAUAGAAAGUCGUCGGUCCCAAGAUCUGCCGCCAAGUUGGUGAACGGAAGAGUGAAAAGAGUAAGAACCCACCCUGAAGAGUCAUGUCCAUUUAGACUCAGAGUGAGCUACUCAGUUAAACAAAAGAUUUGGUCUGUAACUAUUAUCAAGCCUGAGCACAACCCAGAUAUCUGUUCCAACUUUGGUGGGAGUCCGGUGUCUGCGAAUUCAUCGCCGACCAACCGCUCAACAACUAAAAGAAGCUGGACUUCUGCUUACACUCCAGCAUCCACGACUUCACCAAUGAUGUCAAUAUAUGGAAGCCCUGCCUCCACAUUGACACCGGCCUCGGAAAUGGAUUCCAUGGAGUUCGAUAGAUUCACAAAGAAGCAAAGACAAACGUACGAAUCCCCUCUAUCCCAUAUAGUGGAUCCGCUCGACCCGCUUCAACUACCUGAAGAUCUCAGUGAUUUGAAGUAUAUCGAGCAGCAACAACAGAUUCAUCAUCUUGCAUUUGAUAUGGAUAAUGCGUUGCCACUGAUUGCACCAGGUGCUAUAACUCUUCCACGCAAGAAUUCACUCGAAAUAGACGACAGUGAGUUUGACUUUGGCUUCUCGAACAAUCCUACCAUCAACCAAUUUGAAGCUGAGAGACUCUUUGAAAUGGACAUCGAGUCUAAGGUUUCAAAUAUGAUUACCAGUGAAGACCUCUUCAAGACCGUUUAUGACGAUAUCCCACCUGAGGCACUGGAAUCCACAAUUCAGAGUACCACAGAAGAAUUCAUUGAUCAACCAACGCCAUCACCUUCUUCAUCGAAGUUGAUGAAGGACAAUACUUUGAACAUCAAUACUGAUAUUCAAAUAGAGGAGGAUGCAGAUUCUUUGAUGUACUUGCUUAGUGCUUCAAACUCCAACUAUACCUUGGAGGAGUUAGAAAACCUGGACAAGGCCAUGGGCGUUGAUGCAAAUGACCAGUUCCUGCUAUCAAUGUUUCAUCAAAACAUCUAAUGAACUAACCCCCCUCUUAACGAUUGUGUUUUUCCUUGUUUGUUUUUGUUUUAGUACUCUGUGAUGAACCUCAUGUGACAAUAACCUAUUCUUCCCGCUUUCUGGAGGUUGAUCAACUUGAAAUUAAACAAGUUGAUAGUAUACAUUCUUGAUUCUCUGUUAUGAAUUUGUAAAGCCAGUCUGUUGACCUGGACUAUUUUUUUUUGAGUAUAUAUAUACAAUGUUUGAAGUGAUGAUAUAAUGAUUUGAAUGAAAAUUCUGUUCCUGUUCUA